AAAAAGGGACACAUUGAGCGUGCGUGUAGGAAUAAAACAAAAAUAGAAAAAAUGCAUCAGAAACCAGUUUUCAGAAGGAAACAAAAGAAGCGCAUAUUUACAGUCGGACAGGAGAAUAAAGAGAGUACUGACACAUCUGAUGAGGAAUUUCCUUUGCAUGUGCUCACUGUCGCAGGUGGAACCAAAGCUUAUAAAGUCACCAUGCUGCUGGAAGGACAGCCAGUGAAAAUGGAAAUCGACACUGGUGCUGCUGUAUCGCUGGUGUCGGAUGCGGUAUACAGGGAAAUACUUAGCCACCUGCCACUCAAUCCACCUGAUGUCGUCCUUAAAACUUAUACUGGGGAAUCAGUGACAAUGAAAGGACUCACCCAAGUAAUAGUUGAACUGAAUGGACAAACAAAAAAACUGCCAUUGUAUGUGGUCGUGGGUGAUUACCCCUCGUUGAUGGGACGUUCCUGGCUGGAGCAACUCAAAGUGGACUGGCCGACCAUACACAUGAUGACACCUAAAACCCUGGACCUUGAAGGUGUUCUUGGAAAAAACAGUGAAGUUUUCAAACAGGAAUUAGGCAGCAUGGAAGGCAUCACAGUAAAAUUGACUGUGGAGCAGGGAAGCCAGCCAAAGUUCUUAAAGUCCCGGCCCCUGCCAUAUGCACUCAAACCUAAAGUAGAGGCGAGCUUGGAUGAACUUGUGAAGAAUGGUGUGCUGGAACCAGUCAAUGUGAGUAAGUGGGCAACACCUAUUGUUCCAGUUAUAAAGAAGGAUGGAGGCAUAAGGAUCUGUGGGGACUUUAAAGUUACUGUAAAUCCAGUGUUGUCAGCAGAACAAUACCCCUUGCCCCACAUUAAUGACCUUUUUGCUGGUUUGACUGGAGGACAAAGAUUCAGCAAAAUCAACCAGGCAUACCUACAGAUGCAUGUUGAGCAACAGUCCAGAGAACUUCUCACCAUCAACACACACAAAGGCCUAUUUCGGUACAAACGUUUACCGUUUGGAAUUACUUCGGCUCCAUCCGUUUUUCAGCGAGCGAUGGAUCAGAUUCUUGCCGGGCUUCCAGGAGUUGUGUGUUAUUUAGAUGACAUUCUGGUGACUGGCACAGAUGAACAGUCGCAUUUACAACACCUGGAUGCUACCCUUGAGAGACUAAAAGAGUAUGGAUUAAGGGUGCGCAAGGAUAAAUGUGAAUUUUUCCAGUUUGCAGUCGAGUACUUAGGGCACGUCAUUGAUGCAUCUGGACUGCAUACGUCCCCAUCCAAGGUUAAGGCUAUUGUUGAUGCUCCAGUACCCAAAAAUGUCAGCCAGUUGCGGUCUUUCCUCGGCUUACUGAACUAUUAUGGGCGUUUCAUUCCAAACAUUGCUACACUGUUGAAACCUCUGCACAAAUUGUUAUGCCAUGAGAAUAAUUGGAAGUGGACCUCUGAAUGCCAGGAGUCAUUCAGAAAAGCAAAGGAGACACUUCUGGGGUCAAACGCACUCACUCAUUUUGACCCUGCUCUUCCUAUCCAGCUGGCCUGCGAUGCUUCUCCAUAUGGUGUGGGAGCUGUCUUGUCCCACAUCAUGCCCAAUGGUCAAGAGAGGCCAAUUGCGUUUGCUUCCAGGAGUCUGAGCAAAGCAGAAUCAAACUAUGCUCAGAUUGAGCGAGAAGCAUUGAGCAUUGUGUUUGGAGUUCGUAAGUUUUAUCAGUAUAUUUUUGGAAGGAAGUUCACGCUGCUGACCGAUCAUCGCCCACUCACUGCAAUAUUUGGUCCACACCAUGGCAUUCCCGCUCUUGCUGCCAGUAGGAUGCAAAGGUGGGCUUUGUUGCUAUCUGCUCACACCUAUGACAUCAAAUACCGAAAGUCAGAAUUGCACGGGAAUGCGGACGGUCUGUCCAGGUUGCCUCUUGCUGACGGGGAAAAGGAAGCAAAGGUGGGUGAAAUUUUCUAUUUCAGCCAGGUGGAGCGGGCUCCUAUAACGGCCGCACAAGUAUGCAGGGGCACACGAAAUGACCCUGUCCUGUCAAGAGUCGUGGAUAUUGUCUUGACCGGUAAAGGGGAGAGCGAUGGCCUGGAGCUAAAACCUUACAUCUCUCGACGUCAUGAACUUUCGGUGCAGUCCGGCUGCUUGUUGUGGGGAAGGAGAGUGGUUAUUCCCCCGGCUUUACGCAAGCCAAUGUUAAAACAGCUGCAUGUAGGACACUGUGGAAUGGUCCGCAUGAAGGAGAUUGCCAGGAGCUACUUCUGGUGGCCAGGAGUAGAUGGCCAAAUUGAGGAAAAAGCUAGGACGUGUACUUCAUGCCAGCGCAUACGUAACGCACCACAACUUGCACCUCUGCACCCGUGGGAAUAUCCUGAAAAAUCAUGGCAUCGCAUUCAUAUUGAUUUUGCUGGCCCAGUCGAGGACAAAAUGCUGUUGGUGGUCAUGGAUGCACACAGUAAGUGGCCUGAGGUGGCCAUUAUGAAAUCUACUUCAGCUGAAAAGACAAUUGAGAAACUGGGAGAAAUGUUCAGUAGGUUUGGAUCACCAGUGCAAGUU